AUGUCGCUCUCUAAAGCCGAGUCCGAUGUGAUUCUCAAUCGGGCCAACGUCGCCUUAUCCCGCAGCCAGCGGCUAGUAGCCUCAUGGCUACCGCAACAAACACCAGAAGAGCUAGCAAACCCCAAGACCGACGAAGAGCUCCAACGAGAAGAAGAUGAAAUAUUCACCGCAGUGCCAGAGACCCUCGGCGUCGGUGCACCCCUCCCCCAGAAAGCAGCAGACGGAAGCUGGAACCGCACAGAGCUGGACUCAAAUGAUAAACUGCGCAAACAACUCCUCGGCAAGAACUAUGAUCGUGUUAUGAAGGCCGCCGCAGAGCAGAAGGCCGCGGCGGCUGCUUCUAUGGCGGCGGCUGCAUCUGCUUCAGCUAGCACUGUGAAAGCUGAGGUCGAGGAGGAGUAUGAUGAAGAGGAUGGUCGCUCAGCUAUGCUUGCUAGACAGAAGAAUAAGAGGAAGGGUGGGGCUGGGGCGGUGCAUCCUGCUGCCGCGGCUGCUGAGGCCGGAGAUCAAGGUGGUGAGAAUGGUGAGGGUGAAAGUGCGCCAGCUCAGGCUCCUGCUCGGAAGGGCAGGAAGAAGGCGACGAGUUAUCUUGAUGAGCUUUUGGCUGAGCGUGCCAAGAAGAGGAAGAAGAAGUGA